AUGUUGUCCAUCAGAACUCUGUGUAUAUAUGCUAUGUCAAAGGGGUCCUCAAAGGAACGUACUCAGGCUGGGAAGGGACUGCAAAACAUGAAAUACACACCUAGCCUGGAAGACUUUGCACAUAUAGCUCUUAUCGAGAGCCCGGGAGUUUACAGAUUCAUGGGACAGCAUUUCAAUUUGCAUAGUCCUCGAAGCUUCAAGUAA